AUGAGUAGUAUCAUAUGUAAUUCUGUCUCCAGAUAUCUAUGUAUGCAUUUUGGUGCUUCUGUCUACUUUUUUUUUUUUUUUCCUCACACACACUCUGUGUGCGUGUGCUUGUUAUGUAGUUACAGUACGGGAUCUGUUUCCUUUGGGUCUUAUUUCUCAUACCAGAGUCUCUGUGAGGCCUCAAUUAUUAUUAUUAUUUUGGUUUUUUCUGUUUCCAAUCAUUUUUAUAAUUUCAUGUUUUUUAUUUUCUCUUUAUUUAUGUACAAGGCUGUUUACGGGGUGCUCUUUGAAGGGGGCCUUUAUUUCUUAGGAAUGCGAGCGGACACGACGCAGGCUUUUCUCCCUUCUGGGGAAAAGCUGUAUUCCUUUCCCGAGCGAGUUGUGAAGGAGGUGAGGGGCAUUGCACUAGCCGUCAUUCGGUGUUUGUUUUGUCCUAUUCUCAGGCGGUAUUUGGCUGGCAUGCACAGAAGGAGGGUUCUUCAGUUAAGGCGGGGCAGUGGGGAACUGGAGGCGAAGAUGUUGCAUGCACUGGAGCAGCUUUCUGCCCCUGCGCAAGUUGCCCAUGCAGUGGAAAUGGGUACAGAGCUGGCGCGGGUCUCAUGGGUCAUGAAGCAGGUCGCUGCUUCAGCAGACUACCGUGUGUUUACCCAACGUGAGUUUGUUCAGUACCUUGGGGAGCCUGGCAAUGCUGUGGUUGUGUUGCUUGUUGGCAGUGUGACGAGGCGAGUAAGGAUGGCAAGAGUGCGGGGUAAGUCCGUGCUCGAGAAGACAAUUUUCCGUUCUUUCACUGCGCCCGGCUCCGUGGUGCAGGGCGAUGAGACAUCUCAAGUCAGUCGGGCGUCUUCUGCUCUCAGCUUGCGCCGCAGCAGCGUCUCCAACGUCUAUUCAGAGAAACCAUCACAGUGCACUGUGGUUUGUGCCCCCGCCGUGUUUGGUGAAUAUAACACAGUUGGGGGCUACCCAUGGACGGAGUACAUCGUGGCGGAGUCUCCACUUGUGGUGACGGCCUCCCUGUCGAAGAAUGCAUACUGUGAGAUUCUUGGAGCUUUUCCAAGGCACAUUCAGAAACAGGUAUUACUUAUGGCACUUCAGAGUCGCGAGAAACUUAUCCCGCUGUUUGCCCCAAUGACCGUUGGUCGCAUGCGACUCUGCCCACUGCUGACGGAUCUCAGCGACGAAAACGUGCUGCAUCUUAUGGACUAUCUCGUUCCGCAUGUGAAAGCCGCCGGUAUGCAAAUUGGUGAACUCAAUGCUCCCCAACACAUAUUUUUCAUUCGGCGUGGCACGGUUUAUAUUCGUCAUGAAGAGUUGUUUCUGGCAGACCUGAGCUCCGCCACACAACCAAAGUGCCGAAGCUUGUUGGUAGAGGGUCAUACGUUUGGCGAGCGGCAAUGCAUUUUCCGCGAGGCGCUGGGGGAUAGUUUUUACGCUGUAACCAACGUAGACUUGUAUGCGCUGCCCUUCUCUGUACUCAUUCAGUUUAUGAAACAGCAGCCAGACGCCCGUAAGAUCAUUUAUGCCUCUGCGAAAGCGGCGUCGUUGGUGCUGGAAAACGAUUAUGAGAGGAUGCGUUUUGUUCCGUCAUCUGUAGAGGAAAUGGGCACCGUUUUUUUGGGCUCAGCGCUGAUGUCCAAGUUGUUUCAUCGACGUGUCAGCAUCUCCACGAUCGGCUCUAGACGUAUCACUCCUCUUGCUGCCUUAGCGGGGAAUACAGGCAAAAUGGACGGUAAAGUGGAUCAAAGUGCCUGUGGGGUGUCCCCACACUUUAUUGAGCAAAUACGUAGGAUUCCAUUAUUGGAUCUUUGCUCACCAGAUGACGCCUUUUACGCCGAGUGCGCAUCACACUGGAAUAUGUUUUUGUACGAUGCAGGGGAGUACAUUGUUCGCCGUGGUGGCGAAUGCAAUCGUCUGCUUCUGUUCCCACAAGGAGGUGCUGCUGUUGUGUUGAAUGAAAAGAACGCUUCGCAAUGUCUUGUGGAUUCGUCCACACCAUUUUUCCGGCAAAAUUUCUCACUUGUGCCACGGGAGUGCAUCAUUGGAUACACGUGUGUUCGCAGACACCCCUGGGCACUCAGUGUCAUUGCGCUGGAAAACCAGUUGGAGGUGUGGGAGAUUAAGCGGGUAAAAUUUUUAGAGCUUCUCCGCAAGUACCAGCUGGAGCGGAAGAUGCAGGAGAUUGUGCUGCAGCUUCUGCAACCGCUCAUGUGCCUCCCGAGUCGCUCUACGGUUCUUGACAUGCAGCCUCUUUUGGCGCCAGCGCCCAACUCUCUUUGGAGUGAGCACCGCAUUCCAAACUUGCAUCCCGUGAGCCUCUGCGAACAUUUGCGCUUCCCCGUCUGGAAGGAAGGGGAUCUCCCACUGGGUUCGUACAAUUUGCAAAAUCGCCGAAACACUAUCUAA